AUGACGGAUGAAAAGCUUCAAAAGCAUUAUUUAACUUUUGAAACGUAUUUGAGAAGGAGUAAAAAAGAAUUUGAGGCACGCAUCGAAGGGGAAAUGAAGAUUACUGCGCAACUAGAGGAUUUCAAAUUGAUGAAAGUAUUGGGAACGGGGUCUUUUGGAAAAGUUAUGUUGUGCAAAUACAAAGAGGACGAUAAUAUGUAUGCUAUGAAAAUUAUGGAAAAAGUUAAUAUUGUAAGAACGAAACAGGUGGCGCAUACUAUUUCGGAAAUAAGAUUUUUAGAUGCUUUCAAGUUUCCUUUUAUUGUAAGUUUACAACAUUUUUUUAAAAAUAACGUGUACGUAUUUCUCGUAAUGCCUUUCAUUAAUGGCGGCGAAAUGUUUUACCAUUUACGGUCACUAAAAAAAUUCGAAGAACACUUGGCGAAAUUUUAUACGGCGCAAGUUAUUUUAUCUUUCGAAUAUAUGCACUACUUGGGUAUCGUCUAUAGAGAUUUAAAACCAGAAAAUAUACUAAUAGAUUCGUCGGGGUACCUUAAAAUUACGGAUUUGGGUUUUUGCAAGAAAAUUGAUAGCCAGAGGACGUACACACUUUGUGGUACUCCCGAAUAUUUAGCCCCCGAAAUCAUUCUUAGUCAAGGAUAUAAUUAUUCAGUGGACUGGUGGUCAUUAGGUAUAUUAAUAUAUGAAAUGUGCGCUGGUUUUCCGCCGUUUUUCGCUAAAGAUCACAUGAAAUUGUACGAAAAAAUUGUUUCGGGAAAAUUUUCUUGUCCCCCACACUUUUCCAGAGCAGCGAAAGAUUUAGUUACUAACAUUUUACAAGUGGACAGAAGUAAAAGGUUUGGAGUUAUGAAAAGUGGAACGAAAGAUAUAAAAGGACACGAUUGGUUUAAGGGUUUAGAUUUUGAUAUCGUUUUCGCGAAAAAAUACAAACCCACAUUUAUUCCUGUAGUUCAAGGUCAAGGAGAUACAAAGUUUUUUGAGCCGUACGGAGAUAUGGAACUUCGUGAAGCGUCAUUUAAUGAAUACGACGAGGAAUUCAAGUCUAUGAGCUUAAAAUGA